GUGCUGGUGCUGCCUCUCGCGCCGCACACUUCCGCACGUCGCGUUCGCGUUCGCGCGGCUUUCUCUCCCAAGACGCCGACGUGGCUGCCGACAUGGUUGGCGGCAUUCGGUAGAGCUGGGGCGGCGUGCUCAGUCAAGUGCCUCCGAGCAAAGUGCCACGAAAGCGCUUCGAAACGAAAGCACCAGAAAGUGUGCAGCUGUGCACCUGCAGGCCUGCAGGGCGCUUGAGGCGCGGCAACGGCGGGCAGCCCCCGGCGCCCACUCCGUGUCCGCGUCCCGAGCACAUGCUGGAAGUGAUCCUCUUCGCCAUGGGUCUCGCCGACAUAGACGAAAACGAUGAAACCGUCACCGACUGCCCGGCCGCGCCUGCCAUGUCUGUGAGCGCGGCGUCGGUGCCGCGGCAUGAGGCGGAAGUCGCCCCCGCAGUCAUGGACGUCCCCACCGAGGACACCGCCAAGGACCCCGUCGGCGGGCCCACCGGCGCGGCGACUGCGCAAGGACAGCUCAGUGCGCCGUCGUCGCCCUGCGUGUCGCGGAGAGCAGCCCCGACCGCAGACUCCAGGAUCCCGCAGCCGCUGCCGUCGCCCACGCCACUGCGCCGCAGCGGCUCCCUGCGACUUCGCGGCGAGAAGCCGGGCUUCGGCCACCCGAGGCACCCGCUGGGGUUGGCCAGGGGGAGCCUCGGCCUCGGCGCGCGGGCGUCGCCUGGGGCCGCCUUCCCGUCCAUCACGGAGGCCAGCGAGUCGUGGAAGCGCUCCCUGAGGGGCAUGGGGGACGGGCUGCCUGCCCACGGCCCGGCCCCGCCCCCACCCGCCUCCAAUCUGCGGCACCAGCGGCACCACCGCAGUCUGAAAAAGCAAUCCUUAUCAAGUCGGCCUUCUUCAAGAGAUGCAUAUCCUCAUACUCCAACUCCAUCUCCAGAGGAAGUAGACUUCUUUAGACCACAGAAUUUAAAUCGUUUUCUACUUGAUCAUGCCAAGGAGUUUGGAGGUGAUCAUGAUGAUUUGGAUUCCCUUCGUAGCUAUGGGAGCAAUUGUAGCACUCAGUCUGCCUGUGAUCAUGCACAAUUUGCUCGCAAUGGAACAACAUUUUCUGGCAAACGAAUGAAGUAUAUUGUUCACUGCUCAUCACAUCCCGAACCCAAUGAAUACUUAACUCCAACACAAAGAGCCAAUCAGCAAGUGCGCAGAUUAAAGGCACUUGUUGAGCAAGCAAGGAAGGAUAUUGAAGCAAAAGAUGAAAAUAUAUUCAAGCUCACUAAAGAAGUAGUGGAAUUGCGGUUGUUGAGAGAUGAAGUGGAUAGCCCAGCAAAAACAACUCGGAGCUCUGAGGACUCACCCCCUUUUAGGGUUACCACUCAACUAGAAAAUGAAUGUGGGAAUUCUACCUCAUUGUCAGAUUCUGGUCAUUUUGAUGAUGUUUUAUCAUUAAUCUCUGCUCAGUCAGCUCAUAGCCCAGGCCCAAGGCAAGUUUUGUCUUCACCUGAAGCAGAACGACUAGCUGAAGUUUACCAGCACAAAAUUGAUGAUGUCACAAGGAAACAGGGUGAGAAAAGCUUGGAGGAUAGGAAAAGUCUUGUCAAAAUGUAUGAAAAGAAAAUGGAAGAUAUGUCAAGAAAGUACAGUGAAAAAUUUCAACAAGAAAAAAAUGAUUUAAUUGAAAUGUAUGAGAAUAAAAUUGGAGAUAUUGUCAGGAGACAUCAAGAAAAGUCUCAAGAAGAUAAAGUAACAAAUGAGAAAAGGAUUGAUGAACUGUCACAGCUGGAAAACCAAAAUUCGUUGCAGGCAACUCAUCAAAGCAAAGUUGUACAAAGUCUGACUGAAAAAUUAGAAGAAACACAACAGCUGUUAGAAACAGCUCAGAAAAAUGCAACCUCAUUAAGUCAACAAUUGGAGGAUGUAAAUCUAAGGUAUAAUGAUCUCCAACAUGAGCUUUUCCAGUCAAGAGAGAAAACAGUACUCUUGGAGGAUGAAAUUGAAACUCUUCAGAAAACAAUUGCUAUGCAUGAGCAGCAAGUUUCAGAGAAAAAUGUUGCUUUGGUGCAAAGUGCACAAAUUGAAUCGGAGUUAAGUCUUUUGCGCCAACAUGUGGAAGAACAGAAAGUAACUUCAGAGUUAAAAUCUCAGCUGGAAAGUGAACUUGCAAGAGUGUCGGAAAAAUUAAAAGAGAAGGAGCUGAAAUGUAAAUUAAUUGAAGAUGAGAAGACUGAAGCUGAGAGUCUGCACCACCAAAGACAAGAGGAAGACUCUAAAUUGAUAUCUCAGCUUAAAGAUGAAAUUUCUGAUAUGCUGCAUCAACUUAAGGCUAGGGAGGAAAAAUGUAAGGAAAUUGAAGACAAGAAGACUGAACUACAAAAGAACCAGGAAGCAUCUUCACAACUAGUCUCAAAGCUGAAAAACGAAAUAUCAGAGGUACUGAUGAAAUUGAAGGCUGAGGAGCAGAAACGUUUGGAAGCUGAAAACAAAAAGACUGAGGCAGAAAUAAUGUAUCAAGAAAAACAGGAGGAAUUCCUCCAGUUGGUAUCCGAGCUUAGAAGUCAAAUCUCGAAUUUGCUGCAAAAGUCAAAGGAUGAUGAACAGAAACAUGAGAAAUUAAAAUCUCAACUUCAAACAGAGCUCAUGCAAAUCUCUGUAUCCUUGAAAGAGGAAAAAGAGAAGAACAUUCAACUGGAAAAAGAGAAAACCAAAACUAUGACAGUUUUAGAAGAAGAACAGAAAAAAAUUGUCCAACUGCAGUCUGACUUUGAAAAUGCCAGGUGUGAAAUGUUUUCAGUGAAAGAGGAAGAAAACAGACAUACUGUGGAGUUUGCAGCUGCAUUGGAAAAAGACUUGGCAGCACUUAAGAUUCGUCUGGGAGAGGAGGAGGAAAAGAAUAAGAAUCUUGAAUGCUGGAAACAAGAGGCGGAAAAUAUGAAAGAAGAAAUAACAAACCACAUACAGCAUGAGAAGCAAUUAACAGAGCAAUUAGUUUCUCUUGAAAGUGAAGUAGAUGACCUUAAAACUAGCUUAUUAGAAGAAAAGGAAAGCCGUCGCAAUGUGUCUCUCAGUACUAUCCAAAAUUUAGAAGAAAAGCUAGACAUCUCUCAGAAGGAAGCCAAUAAACAAUCACAAGAGAUGAACCAAUUACGAGAUCGCUUGAGUAAUGUUGAAAGCGAAGCUGUCACACUAUCAAACUUGCUUUCUGAAGAAAGGUUGAUAAAUGAAGAACUGCUUCAUUGGAAGACAAAAGCUGAAAACCUCCAAUCAGAAAUAAAUUCUCUUAAAGAAGAUAUUGUUGAAAAAACUCAACAACUCCAGUAUUUUGCAAGUAUUGAAAGUAAAGUAAUAGAAAUUCAAGAUUGUUUGUCUGUAGAGAAAGAAAAGGUGCAAGAUUUAAUGAAGUGGAGAAUUAAAGCAAAUGAUCUAGAAGAGGAAAUAAAAUCUCUUAAAGAAGAAAUUUCUUCAUUGAGCCAAAAUGUGCAGCUUUCAGAAAACAAUAACACUGAAUGCCUUCAGAAUGUUCCCUUUGAGGCUCAGCAAAAGAUACUUUCACUUGAAGCUGAAAUAGUAGAGCUAAGAGAAAGUUUGGAUCAGUCAUACUGGAUGCAGUCUGAGAAAGACACUACUCAACAACAGAUGGAAAAAACAAUAUUUGAGCUGACUGCAAAAAUGAAAAAAAUGGAAGAAGACUCCUUGAUAUUGAAUGAAGCUGUCACAUGCCUGAAGAAUGAAAAUGAUGAGCUAAAAGCGAGAGCACAACAAAAUGAUAUUCCUGAGCUAUUGUCCAAGGAUGAUCUAUCCACAUUGUUAUUAUCAAAGAGUGGUCUUAUAGAAACAGAAUCCAAUGCAGCGAAAGUCCAUCUUUCCAAUAAUUAUGAGGACAAACGCACCAUGCAUCUUCAGCAUUUAUCAGAAAAUGGAAACAUUGUUGACACUGAGUCUCAGUUAAGGGCAGAGAUUGAAUCUUUAAAAAAGGCUAUUGCUGACCAGGAAGAAAGACAUACAGAAAUGAAUUUAAAAAUGUAUUUAAAAGGACAAGAAGCAGCCAAGUUUGAGAGAAAAGAUCAGGUUUUGGAGAUGGCAGCUCAAGCACCUGAGAAGGUAUCAGUUCCAGAACUUUUGUCGCAAUUAGCUGAAACGGAAAAGGAACUGGACAAAGUAAAGGAUAACCAGCUUGAGAAUAAGCCUAAAAGCAGUCUGAGCUUGCUCAGUGCAAAUGAGGCAGUCUGCCUCUAUCUUCUCGGUUCCUUCAAGGCAAUGUACCGGCAGCUUGCAGAGGGACAAGCCAGCAACAGCAGCAGCCCAGAAGCAACUCUCCUCUUCCUCAAAUCUGCUUUCUAUUAUUUUUUGACCGACGAGGCCAAUUGCCAGGGUCAUUUGCACGCUAUUCAGAGCAUUCUUGGCUUUACAGAAUCCGAGAAGCAAUCCAUUGAUACACUCACUUAUAUUCGGCGGUGAAGGGAACUUUUGCCACUGUGUAUCAUGGCCUUUCAUACAUGAAGUGAUAAUGUAGCUAGUUUUAUAUUUUACUUCUGUUAAAAUUUUAUAAGCCAAUUUUACUGCUACCUUCCUUUAAGUUUGCAUGUCUUGACUGAUUGAUGUUAUUUGUUUGCACCAAAAGCAAAGUUUGGUGAAAAGUUACCAGAAUUACCGGUUUUAGAAUGUAUUGUGUUAAAUGUUUUAAGGUUUCAUGAGAUAUUUAAUUAAAAUAGUUGUUGGAAAAA